GAUCUCAACGGCAUCCUCCGCAAGUUAUCCUACAACCUGGACGCCCAGGACCCAUGGACAGUGUUGGGCUUCGGGCCCAUCAACGGCCCUGAGCCCACCGAGAUCGACAUCCUCUCCAGGGCUCGCCUGGCGAAGACGCUGCUGGGCAUGGGCCAGGACGACGCGUGGGGGGAGAGCGAUCGGAACCUUGCCCUACAGGCAGCGACAAAGAUUGCUGAGGUGACCGACCUCUGCGUGAAUGGCCUCCCGGACGCGCGGCGCGCCCGCAAGCUACUGCGGCCCGACCGCCUGCCCCGCUGGAAGGAGCUGGGGGGCGACGCCAUCGCUGCGAUCCGGCAGUGCCCAGGGGCCAGCCAGGCAUGCUUCCUCACCCAAUGGUCCCAGGUCCUCGACCCGAUGGGGCCGCACGAAGGCAUUGUCUCCGAGCACCGUCGGCUCUCGGACAUGUUGGAGAAGGGCGACGUGAAAGUCUUCGCUGAGCUGGCAGGCAAGUCAGUCACGGCAUGGGCACCCACCGACAAGGGGGCCCUCAACAGGCUGCUGUCGCACUUCUUCCGCACACCCUCGGACGAGACUCCCGCCUCGAUGUUCCUCCUCGUGCCUCUCCCGUCCUUCCCCGGGGUGCACACGGAAACGCAGCUUCUGGAUCUCUGGUUCCACCCGCUCCUGGGCGAGAAGCACAUGGCCAUCGUUAAGCGCAGCAGCCUCCUCACCCAGCCGAUGGAGUACAUCCUCUCUGGACCUCGCGGGCCCCGGCACGUCCGCCAGGGACUGGCUUGCUUUCAUAUCUCUCGCGCUGGCGGCCGCUCCCCGCCCGAGAUCAUCCUCACGCGUACUCCGUUGCUUCAGGCCCCAAGCUCUCCCAGCAUCACCGUGGACGCGCCGUCCGAGCGGAUCACCGAGCUCAUGCUCAAGCUGGCGACCUCGGAGUUCAAGGAGUUGAAGGUCCGGGAUCCCAUCAGGAGCAUCGGCAGCACGACGGAGCUUCCCAGAACCGCACUUGAGUUCUUCCUCCCGCAGGGCCUCUCCCCGGUUGGCGUCGAGAUAUUCGUCAGCCGGCUGCGGCGCACCUUCCUCUCCCCCGACGUGCUCGUCGGGCCCAAAACGUUGUUCACCGCCGACGAUGCCCUGAUACUUGAAUGCAGCUCCCCCUCGGUCAUUUGCCAGGCCAACGUGCUGUGCACCGAGGCCAUCUAUCUCGCCCCUGACAAGGCCCUUGUUCGGACGGAGGCCAGCGUGGACACUUGGGUGGGCCUCAUGGAUCGACUAUGCAAGGAAGGUGAGCUCACCAUUAUCACCAAGCUGCGGUGGAAGGCCAAGCGGGGCGCGCCCCCCCAGCUGCAGGACUUCAUCGCGGAGGUCCAACUACUUAACGGAGAGCCUGGCCUCCAGGAUAGGCUCAUCUUCAACUCAAUCGUGGAGCGCGCCUGCCAGAGCACGGGCCUCGAUCUGGCCGCUUUCGACGAGAGCACUCCCAGGCCAUCGGGCUUCUGGAAGCACCUCGCCUCCCAUGAUCCUGCCGCUCCCCCUGGACGAGCCCGCUUCUACCUCAGCAGCAUGUCCGAUGUGACCAAGGUACGCCAGGCCCUGCACGGACAAUUGGUGCAG